CCUCCUCCAUUUUGGCAGUUUCCAUGAGUGAAUCCAUUUAAUGUCGUCCUCCUCCUCCUUCCUCCCCAUUAUAACCUCCACUGCAACUUCUCUCCGCCGUUUAUUUCUCUCUCCACCGUACAGGCUGGAGCAGCCUACUACUACUUCCCGUGAUAUGCACCUACAUCGAUCCUCCUUCUCUCUUUUCCAUCGUUCCAAUUCCAAAAUCUAAACAAAACGCUCAACAUCCAAAGACGGAAACAAGCAUCAACAUGUCAGUUGCACCGCCACCGCCGCCUUUGUUUCUGAACAACAUCGGAGGCUCUGGAGGAGAUUCGCAUUCGUCAUCUUCAGAUAUGGAAGGCAUUAAGCCGAGCAUACUGAUAAUAAUCUUGAUUCUUUUGAUUACUAUAAUUGUUUCGGUUUCGCUCUGCCUCCUCCUCCGCCACCUCAACAGUCGCUGCCUUCGCCACCUUUUCCGCCCUGCCUCUGUGGUGGCGACUGGUAGCAGUCGCAUCUCUCCCGCGCAAACUACGACCUCCUCGGUCGCCGAUUCUCUCCCGAUGUUCACCUUCUCCUCCAUUACUCGUCGUACCGCAACUGCAUCCGUGAUUUCCGGAGACUGCGCGAUUUGUUUGUCGAAAUUUGAGGCGCAGGAUCAGCUACGGCUUCUCCCUCUGUGCUGUCAUGCGUUCCACACCGAGUGCAUAGACACGUGGCUCAACUCCAACCAAUCGUGUCCUCUUUGUCGCUUCCCGAUUUACGCCUCCGAGGCUGAGGUCUUGAAGAUACUACUCUCGUCCUCUAAUGGCGGUGUUCAUGAUAGUUUUGACGGCAGCGACAGUUUUCGGAUUGAGAUUGGUACCGUGAGCCGCCGCCAGACCGAUUCGGAAUCCGGCGAGAGGCGAAGGUCGUACUCCAUCGGUUCAUUCGACUACAUUGUAGACGGCUUAUCUGAGGUAAGCAUGAAUAUAACGAACCAGAGGAGUGCGUCCGACAAGGAGGAGGUUGGAGGAACUGAGGCGGAGGGGGCGGCGGCGGCUCCUGAGGAAAACCUAGCGGCCGAGAUAGCUAAUGGCAGGAGUUGGCUCAAGGAGUACAUCGACAGGCUAUCCUUUUCGGCCUCGUCACGAGCUCUGUCGUUUCGUAGCUCAGGCAGGUUCUUCACGGGGAGCAGUCGCCGCAGCGACGUAGCCGGCGUCGGAGAUUGGGAUGUGGAAGCGAAUCGCGCGGGUGAGGAGAUCAGCGAAUAUUUUCGGUGGCUUUCAGGGGUAUGAGUGGUAAAUCCGCGGCUGGUUCAAGGGCAUUUUUGGACUGUCCGUUAUUGGUUCGUCUAGUCACCCCCACUCCCACUCCAAUUUUUAGCUUUAUCCACUCCUUUAGUAAUUUUUUUAUCAACAGAAAUAAAAUUACUAAUGGAGU